UUGUGGUUUCUCACUUCACAACACUUAUGAUCUAGUGUGGAUAUAGUAUUGAUAAUAACAAAUUUCCCUCUUAGUUUCUUCAAAUGGGUACUGAGGCUAUUGAUAGUAUAACCCCAAAGGCUUUCCCAGCCAUUUUUAAUAAACCAAUUUUUUUAAAUAAAGAUAACGAGUAUUGGUAUGAAGAAGAUAUUGAUCAUGACCUCAAAUGGUCAUUCUCCUUGAAAAGCAUUCUACAAAAAGCGACUAGCCAAUAUCAGGAUGUUGUUCUACUUGACACUAAACGUUUCGGAAAGGUGUUGGUGAUCGAUGGCAAGAUGCAAAGCGCGGAAACUGACGAAUUUAUAUACCAUGAAUGCUUAAUUCAUCCUGCUCUUCUUUGUCAUGUCAACCCCAAAAGUGUUUUCAUAAUGGGAGGAGGUGAAGGUUCUGCCGCUAGAGAAGCCCUUAAACACAAUUCUAUUCAACAAGUCGUCAUGUGUGACAUUGAUAAGGAGGUGGUCGAUUUCUGCCGUAAACAUCUGACCGUCAACCAAGAAGCCUUCCGCAAUACUAAACUUGAGCUUGUGAUCAAUUGUGCAAUGGCGGAAUUGAAGGAAAGAAAGGAGAAAUUUGAUAUAAUAGUUGGAGAUUUGGCAGAUCCAGUUGAAGGAGGACCUUGUUACCAACUCUACACCAAAACUUUUUAUCAGAAUAUUCUUAAACCUAAACUCUCUCAUAAUGGCAUUUUUGUCACUCAGGCUGGACCUGCAGGUGUUUACACACACAAGGAGGUUUUCUCUUCCAUUUACAACACCAUCAGACAAGUUUUCAAAUAUGUAGUAGCCUUUACUGCUCAUGUGCCAUCCUUCGCAGAUACUUGGGGAUGGGUUAUGGCAUCGGAUUAUCCAAUUAUUAUUAACCCGGAGGACAUUGACAAAAAAAUCCAAAAUCGGAUUGAUGGCGAGUUAUUCUACCUCAAUGGGGCUUCAUUGCUUUCGUCCACUACCCUCAACAAAACCCUUUCCCAAUCGCUAAUGCAAGAAACUCAUGUGUAUACCGAAGAAAAUGCAAGGUUCUUGUAUGGUCAUGGAUUAAUUAAUCGUCAUUAAGGAUUGGGAGCUUCAAAAGGUUGAGUAAAACAAAAAAAAUAAAAAAAAUGAAUGUAUGCACCUAUAUAUAGUUUGAAUGUUUUUUUUAAUUACAAAGUAGACAAAAGAAAGGAAGUGGGCUAUGUGAGAAUCAAACUCGCCUGACAUUUACACGUAAAAGUAGUAUUUACUCCAAUUAAAACAAAACUCGAUUUUAGAGUUCCAAUGUUAACUAUUGUUGUAGAAAAUACUCUUAUUUUAGUUAAAAGAGAAAGUGGAAGAAAAACUAUUUUUACACUUUUAUGUAUGAUUGAAUGAAAAAUAUGACAUGAUUUCAAAAGUUGAAUCUGAA